GGACUAGUGGUUUAUAAAGUGAUAGAUACCCUGCCCUGAGCAGAGCACUCCAGCCGCUGCCAUGAUGAAGGGAGCACUGCUUGUGCUGGCCUUGCUGGUGACCAGAGAGCUGAUCUUCGAGACCAGUGAGGCGGAAGCAUGCCUUCUGUUUUAUGGAGUGUUUGGCACAGUGAGCUUUGGAAGUGAAAUAUUGUUGAAUACAACGCUUGAUCUUGUCUAUGCUACUGAUGAGGAAAAAGCAGCUCUAGGAAAAAUCCAGGAUUGCUACAAUGAAGCGGGAUUAACUGACAAGCUUUUGGAUCUGCAACUCAUGGCUUCCAUCAGCUUCAGUACGGAUUGCAUCAAGCAUUCAGUCUCCUCGGUGGUGAAUUCCAUUUUUUGAGCUAUAUUCAGUGUGCUCUCUUUGUUGACAUAGUCUUUGCCAGCGAUGCCCCAUCUACACUUGAUCUUCCUGCCCUUUUUCCCUCUCAACUAAAGUUGGAAUCUAGACACCUGUCCCCCCUGAUGUGGUCUUUGUCAGAUUGACUCUAAUAAAAUAACUGCAGCUUU